AUGCACAGCGCUGAUGUCGACUACAAACCACUUGGCGCAUUUGAUAAUAGCCCACGUAUUAAGGCAUGUCAUUUCCUUCUGGAAGGUAAUCUUUCCGAGUCCGCUGUUGGGGCUCUCCGUGCCAUCACAAACGGCAGCGAGUAUCUCGAUGAUUUCAUAGAGGAGUCAAGUUUUACUCAAACGCAUCGAAUCAUUCUCGGUCUCCCAAUCGGCGAUUUGGAGCGAGAACUAAUUUCUCAUCCUGGUGAAAUCAACGCGCAAGAUUCGAUGGGCCGCACAGCCUUGGCGUGGGCUGCCGCCCGGGGGGAUAGCCAUUCCAUUUUGACCUUGCUCAGAUAUGGCACUGAUCCGAACAUAAUGGACUCCCAGAUAUCUGGCCCGUGGUCGAAUGCUUCAGCCCAGCGUCAUACAGCUUGUGUAAAACUCCUGCUUGAUGCAGGUGCAAAUCCUGACCCUCCACGUCCUGGCGGUAUCAACAAGGGCGGGCCUUCAAAUGUUGCUGCCCGAAGAUAUGAUGAUCCAAUUCUUGUUAAACUUCUCUUGGAUUUUGGAGCCGAGGUUGAUCAAUUCGGGGUAGACGGCAAGACAGCCCUUUGCCAUGCGGCGCAAAAUAAUGAUGCUUCUCUAGCAAUACUUCUUCUGGAGUAUGGUGCCGAAAUCAAGAAAGCUACCAUCACUGGAGAUACACCAUUAACUAUUGCAAUCACGCAUAAUAGUCACCAUGUCCUGAGGCUUUUUCUUGAGCGGUGGCACCACUAUUCAAUAUGUCCUCGACUCAAAGGACCGCAUCUUCUCGAAAUUACAGCCAAGUAUGGAGACCUCGAAAAAAUUGGUAUAUUGGCGAACACGGAUCAUUUUCGCCUCAAAAAAUAUGACGAGAAAUACACAUUAGGUGACUUCAGCAAAGUGAUUCAGGAACGUCCCGAUAGGGCGGACAAGUUGACUCUGGCAUUUGAGGAACUACCAAGCAUAUUUAAGCAUGCUCCUCAUGCAGCAGAACAGCAAGAAAGUCUAUUGAAGACAGGUUGUUGGCCGCCUUUGGCCUCGCGCCCAACUACGUAG